AGGUUAUCGUGUGCUAAUACUUUCUGCGAAGAUCCUGCAUCAUAAACGAUGUCGUGUAACAGUUACUGUGAGAAUGGCAAAACACUCGCUGAAGAUACAACGUACGACCAUGGUCUGCCAAGAUGUCUUUUUGAAACUGUUAGUUCUCUUGUCUUAUUAGUUCUCAUCAUACUUGCAUGUCUACCUCAACUACUAAGGAUUGUGUACAAGAGAAGAAUGGCAAAAAAUCGUUAUAUGUCCGUCCAGGAUGAUUUUGAUCAAUCUAUCGACGCCACAGCGACGGAUCUUUUGUUAAACACGGACACAUCUAAAUCUUUUUCUCCGAAAUUUUUGGACGACCCAGCAGGGUUCAUCUAUGGCGAGAACUACCGUUCUUCCUUUUUGUAUACAUGUCAACUGUUUUUUCAUGUAUGCCAAGUUAUUUUACCUUUACUGGAUCUUGUAGUCAAAGGUAAGUCCAAUAAUAAUUAUAGAUAAGUGACUCAUUAGUUUUAAUAUAUCCUGAAAUAAUUUGAAGUGUAAUUAAGCGAGCAAGCAAGUGGGGGUGGAUUAAUAACUUCUUAUUAACCAAACGCGAGGUCUGUACAUGCAGAGAAAUAUCGGCCCGAGGUCUUUUUUGUACAGACAGAGCCCGUAGGGCGAGGUUUGUACAAAAAGACCGAGACACCAUUACGACAUAUUGGGUAUUGAUAACGUUUUCUCUUUGACAGGCUCGAUGCAAUCAUCUCGUAUACAAGGUGUAACUAUAGUUGGUGAUAUCCUUAUGUUUGUAGCAUGGUUUCUAGCAUACUUUGACACAAUGAUUGAAACACAAGAUCGAUAUAUAGCGAGGCUGUCGCAUUAUUCCACUCCCUUGCUUUUAUUUUGGGGUCUGAUGUUUGUUAAGAACAAUCUCGUCUUGAUAUCAUGGAAUAAUAAUGAAUGGUGGUUUCAAAGAAAAACAUCGGUAGAAGAAGCAGAGUUCAUUUUGUUUUGGCUGAGGUAUUCAUUUUCAGCUCUGAUAUUACUUCUGGGAAUGAAAGCUCCUGGAUUGUAUAGGCCAAAUUAUCAGGUGUCGGUCGAUGAUGGCGACGUGCCUGGAACGCCAUCGGUAAGUUCUUUUAUUCUUGUUUUGUUAAAGAGUUUCUACCAGGGGCUGAUCUACCGUUGGGUUGCAUGCUAAUAUAUAUUGUAUGCGCAUGCUAAUAUGUAUUGUACAGUACGCAAAGAAUGUUAGGAAAUCUAUUUCUGGUUUACCGAAUGGUGUCUUCCUUUUUUCUCUAGACAGAUGAUGGUACACAAACAUCAACAUUUAAAGGAGUUUGGAAGAAGAUAAAGGUUUUAUGGCCGUUUCUUUGGCCGAACAACCGGUAUAUUUUUGCGUUUAAUAAAUAGAUAACAUUUUGCUGUUAUCUGUUCAGUUAUAAUGUGGCGUCAUAAAGAGGAAAACCCAACGAACUCUCUCUAUAUAUAUGGAGCAAGAACUGUAGUCAAUCGGCCCAUGAGCGAAGCCAAGAUGACGGAAAUUAACGUCCAAUAUCAAUAUGAAGGUCGCAAACAGAUUUAAUUCCAUUUGACCAACCAAUUCCAGUGUUUUCUAACGCACUGUAUCGCUAAACAAGUAAUCAGUUCAUAACACCAUAGUGUUAUUUAAAUCGAAGUCGAAAUACGAAAUUUCGGCAAACUCCUUGCCAGCUUUGUGUUAACCGCGCGGACAAAAACAAGAGGAACGGACUGGAACUGGCGCCAAAUAGCUCUUUAAUUUCCGCCAUCUUGUCUUUUCUUUUUGGACUCGAGUUCAUGUGUAUAGAGCUCACUAGUAAGAACAAAAAGUCUCCAUCGAGGCACUGGGGCGAGUAUAGGUUACUGCUGUUCUCUUAUCACGUCAUGAUGUCUUCUGUGUAUCCAGAACUGAACAGACAACGGCAAAAUGUAUUUGUUUUAGAGAAUAAAAAGGUUGGAAAAUUAGCUAAACUACAGUAAGCUCGUACCAUUGAACUAUAAGUAAACUGGAACGAUAACUCUUAUGAUAAAGGCCUAUAUAUGUUUGGGUGAAGCCAAAUUUCGGGCGCUCAAGUAUAGCCUGUUCGCAGAUAUGUAUACGAAAAUAAAUAGACAAAAUUUUUCACGAAGUGUUUUUACUAAUUUAAUCCUUAAUUUUAACUUUAUAAUAAAGUACGUUUCUGGAUGUUUGACUCCAUUAUCAACCGUAUCUAAGAUUUUUUCUACAUAAAUUGUAUAAAAUUGUCUCUGAACUCUUUCUGGAAAGUCUAAAAACUCAGAAAAACCAUAAAUUUUCGCGCGGUUUUUUGCCGAGUUCCGUUUUGUUCGUGUCAUAUUUCGGCCGCUAAACAAUAUUUGCUUAUUUUAUGUGCCUUAGAUAAGACAUGUGUUGUCUAAGUGUGCUCUGAGAUAAAUAUAAAUGCCUUGCAAGAAGUAAAAGUGAAAAAAAAUAUUAACGAAAUAAAAAUUUUAAGCUGUAUUUUUCGCAUCAUUUUGUAAAAAAGGACUGGGGCUACCUGCAGGCAACUUAUCGUUCCAGUUUACUUAUAGUUGAAUGGCUCGUACCGAACGAGUUUUGAAAGACAUUUUCACGCCAUUUGACGUGAUCCAUGGCCUGACAAGGCGAAUUACUCGGCAACGGCGACAUCCCGGCGACUAUUAUAGAAACUUAAUAGUUUUCGGGGGUGACUGCAUGAUACAACCGGGUAACUGUAGACUUUAGCAAAGUCUUUCGUUUUUUAAUAUACUGUACAUAAAAAUAUUACUCGACUAUGAUUGGUUGAUUUCAGUGCUGUUAAUCUCAAACGGCAGUGCAAAAUCUGUAACAACAGUGGAAAAAUCUGUGACAAAUUGACCCGAUUUGUGGAAAAAAAGAUAGGAUCUAAAAUCAACCAAUCAGCUUAAAGCAGUCCUCAAAUAACGAUCACAGAUCGCUUCAAAACAAAACAAACAUGGCAGCCGCGCUACAUAAAGUAAAAGUUUCACUAUCGGUAACGCUGAUGUAUAUAUAAUAUGUACUCGCUUUGUUGAUUGCUACAGUAAUCAACUGUUCAGCUUACAUGUUUUUCAUGCCUGAGCGAGUAACUCGCCUUGCCGAGUAGCUCGCCUUUAUAUGAACAGGCCCUUGCAAAACAACCCAUGUCGUUGGUUCGUGAUGUUUCCGAGAGAGAGCUGUAGUUGGCUUAAAAAAAUAGUGAUCUUUACCAAGCGACGCUUUUGUCAACAGGGACGUCACCCAAAAUUUUUGUCUCAUUGCCCUCGUGUAAGGAAGCAAAAAAACUUUAAAAAUCUUUUUUCAUUGUGUGUUGAAGAUUACAACAAACUGACACAAACAGUUUUUAAUCCAGGCCAUCCCCCGGCAAUCUCACGUCCGUGUUGAUAAAAACGUCGCCUGCUUAAGUUUCCUAACAUAGUAACAAUACGUCACUAAACUGGAGUCAUGAUUAAUUGGAAAGCAGCUCUACAUUCUAUAAUCCUUCUCACAGGUGGUUACAACUACGUGUGGUUCUUUGUUUCGUGCUACUUGGAGGUGGCCGUGUAGUUAAUGUAUUUAUACCAGUGGUGUACCGUAAUAUAGGUAAGAUGAUACACGCAAGUAUUGAAAUACUUUAAAGUGACGUCUUUUGAAGAUUGCUUUAUAUUCGCGGUGUGUGAGUUUAUUAAUCUGUUUAUUAGGUUAGUAGCCUUGACGUUUAUUCAAAAAAAGAAUGUCUGCACGCUUGUGGGGCACUUGCUUUGCGCAGGUCCAGGGUACCGCACUAUCCUACUAUGUCUGGUUAAUUCUUGUUACGAUGCCUCGUUGAAGUAUUUCGACUUUGUUAUAUCCGAGCCAGUUCUGUUACUAGCUAUAUGGCUCGUUUCUUCCUAAUUAACUUAUUCCAAAGUCGUGUUUAUUUUGACGAUUUGUUAAAUGAAAUCGCUACACUGGUAUAUCUCGUCUUAGUAUUUAAUUACUUUUACUGUAUGAGCUAUGGGAGUGUGCAACAUAACACAUGAUUAUCAAAAAUGUUAAUCAGAGAUUUUGCGCCAGGUCCCAGCACAAAAAGGGGCGCACAAUUAAGCGACGAAGGCCCUUAAAAUUUCUUGAUCCAAGAUUAGUUCCUCCCGCUUUGCAAUUGUGACGCCAAAGGAGCCCCCCUGGGAAAGUUUUGCCCCCGUGCAACAUCUGGGCGGCUCUGCUGUUCUCUCUUGUGCAGUAGAUUGCCUGGCGACCCCUACACCAUUCAACCAAAUACCUGAUAGUCAAUGCAGAUAGCCCGUUUAAGUUGGCUGGAUUAUUUGGUGUGAUACACAGCAUACUUUUUCUUAUACAAUGCAGUUAAACAUUUCUAUUUGAUUUGUAAUAUGUACAAAAACAUUCUAAAUAUUUUAAAGGUCAGACAAAAUCAGGGCUACUAAUAGGCCACCUAUACUUGCUUUGUGAAACUUUAGUACAGAUAUGUUAUCUAUUUUUUCUAGUUAAUUACUUUACUCCUGGUAAAGAUGGACUUGAAGGAAAGACAAACCCGGUGCAUUUAAUUAUUAUUUAUAUCGUUUUGAGAUUUUUACAAGGAGGAGGAUCAGGUAAUUUGCUUACUUAUUCUGUGACUAUGCUAUAUUUCUUUUCGUUAUAUUUACCGAUAGAUGCGGAGUUAGCCAAUCAGAAAAGCGAUACAAUUUUCUCACACAUGAGAAAAUGUUUCGUCCAAACAAAUGAUGCAACGAUGACGUGUGAAUAAAUUCCUUCACCGCAGGAAUCAUCCCACCCUUUGGUUUGAUUUUGUUUAUUUUACUUGAAGCUGAACAUAAGCUUUAUUUUGUAGCUUUAUAUUGCUUUUUUAUUGCUUGAAUGAAUUGCAUACUUUUUACUAUUUAACCGUCAAAACGAUGAGGUAAUAGCACUUUUAGCUGUCCGAAGAUUGUCCGUAAAGGCAUCAAACUCUGAGUAACAACGUUUGUUUUAUAUUUUUAAAUCAUAAAUUAAGCUCUAUACUAUAAAGUAUUGAGGACUCUUCGUAUUACAGUAUAUAUACGUAUACGCCCCCAAAAAAGUUUGAGUUGUUAUUUUCUCUUCCUUUUGUAACGUAUAUUAGAAAGUCUUAGUGUGCUCUCAGGAAGUCCUGACAAUUUUUUUCAAUGUCGCGUUUUGCAAUGAAAAGUGUUCAAAACCUAAAAUGGUUUUGGCAUUCCUCUCAAAAUUACUUUUUUUAGCUUUAUUUUGUAGUUUACACAGUUAGCAACCUUUUUAAAUGUAUCUGCAUGGCGGUUGAUAAACACAAAAUAAUAGUUAAAUAUUGUCGAUUUAAAUAUACAGCAAUAUAUUAAAGCAAAACAUACUGAACUUCAGACAUCAUUUUCUCUUUGGUGUACCAUCUAAAAUCUGUUUAUUUUAGCAUUAUUCUACAGAUAAGGCACUAAACAUACUUUUUAAGUUUGUUUGCCGCUUGACUGAGAAACGUAUCAAAAAUUUAAAAAAAAAAUUAAGCCGAAGACUGAAGCAGAUAACACAAACUGAGGCCUAACUAAUUCCUCAUAUUCUGCGAGAACCGAAUUCAAUAACUGUUUUUAUUAUUAUUUAUUUGUCGAAAUAUACAAAAAUGGUCGGCGAACCUUUCCAUUGAGGAAGCCUUUUUUUCCCGCUUUUGGCAUAAGUCGCAUAAAUUAGCACGACGUCAUAGCGUCUUACAUUGUUUUUCAAUAUACACCACGAAAUUCACGUCAAACGUGAUAUAUUUGUUUUCGAUAUUCCACGGUGAUGUCAAAACUCCAAACUUGGACAGCUACCGAGCGGAUAUAACGAUUUCACCGACAGCUCUACUUAGCCAAUCAAACCUCUUGAAUUAUUUUCAAGAAAUAAUAAUUAGGGUUAUUUCCAGGCAACCUCGUUCCCAGGGCUUUCAUGUGAGGACGAGGGGAGAGACGAGAAAGCCCUGGUCUGGGCCGGUCACGUGACUACCCAAAAAAUGGCAGUAUUUGACAGCUACUCGUCAAGGAGUGGCGAGAUAUUCUUUAAUGAAAUAUACAAGUCUUCAAAACAAAUAAACAGCCAAAACGCUUCUCAAUUGAUAUUAUUUAUGUGUAGCGAAGUUUGGCACGAAUCAGCUGAAAUCUCUGAAGACCCUCGUCUAUGUUUUCUAAGAUAUACCGAUAAUUCUGGAGAUUUUCAACCACAGGCAAAGCUGCAUCCAAGCUGCAUCUAGGAGUCUCCAUGCAAGUGGUGAUUCACACGAAAUUUCAGUGCUUUCUCUCGUCUUGAACAAUAUGGCUAUUGCCUUUAAUAUUUAAUUUAAAUACGCUCUUAUAGAUCUGACUUAGUUCAAUAUAAAUAAACACAAAUAUAAAAUUUUGAAUAAAACCUCGCGUAACCUGUUUACGCUGUACAGGAAUAUACAGAUUCGCUUGUUUCGCCGGACACCAACACUUGAAGCAAUGCUUGCCUACAAAUUUUAUCCCCUUCACAGUCUUUGUUUUAUUUUAUCGUAUAGUCGCAAUUUUCAAGUAUUCGGGGUAUUCUGAUACUGUAAAACUCGGCGUGACGAAUCUUGUAGAGACUAUAUCGGCCUAGGCGUAAGUAAACAGGGCCUAAAUUAAUUUAGUAGCUUCAUUUAAUUGUUUGUCUUGCUUUUAUUUGUCAGUAUAGAAUAUUGUAAAUUAAAAUAUUACUACAAUGUAAUACGCGUAGUAUUUCAUCAGACAUCUGCACUACAUUAUAAAUACUGUACAAGGAAAACUACAGCUUAAUAGUAGACGUUUCUUGUUUUGUCAGGAAACAUCACAGCUCACGUCGACACGGCUUUUGAGUUUUGUAACCGGCCGAGGCGAAAGUUAAUCAUGCAGUCGGGAAAACGUCUUAGCUUGAAAGAUUAUUUUGGAAAACAUACUCGUACACACAAGAAUCAUAAAAAUACAUAUGUUGAAUUGUUAUUGUCAACUGUAAAGUUCAGUUAUUUUUAGACAAUAUAGUGUUAGCCAAUCAGAAUGCAAAAUUGACCGGCCCAGACCAGGGCUUUCUCGUCUCUCCCCUCGUCCUCAUAUGAAAGCCCUGGGAACGAGGUUGAUUUCCAGGUUAACCAGAAAAAUUUAAACCGAAGUUUUAGAAUGCAUGUUUUGUUUUUAUCACAGUAUUAUCCAAACCAAACUUCUGCUUACUUUGUUUUAAAGGUGCUCUGGGAAUGUUAUCAAAUACGCGAUCAUUUCUAUGGAUUAAAGUCCAACAGUACACAAGUCGUGCUGUUCAAGUGCGGCUGUUUGCUCACUUACACAGGUGAAAAUUUGUUUCUCAAUUUCUACUGUACCACGGACCAUAACGUUUUUGAUUAAAGUAGUAAACCCUCAUGAGCUUGAUAGGAACUAGUCCACUCUUAAUUGGCGCAACAUUCGCUCGUAGCGAAAAUCAAAGGCCGUUGAGGCUGACUCACGGAUGAGAUCAAAUGAAAGUGACAGAAAGAAUUAGAGCAGUGUGCAGUUGUUUUUGCAAACGGGCACCGUGCAAAUUUUGCCAUUUGUUGUGCUUCUUUUGCCAAAUCAAAAUUCAAAAGAACGAACGCGUGUGUCAGCCCGAUUUCCGGUUCUGAAAGGCUCGAUUCGCAGGCAAACAGUGGGCGCAAAGCAGGUUGGUAAUUUCCCAUUGUUUAACUGCCCCACACUCGAGUAACCACAAAGACUCACAGAUAUAGAUGUUGCUUCGCAAUGUCAAAAGUGUUCAAAGUCCAUCGCAUAAAGCCGGUUUUCCACUAGGCGGAAUUUUGCGCGCGGAGCGGAAUUUUUCUUUGUCUUGUGAUUUCUCGGGUGUAACUAAUUAGAAAAGACAAUGAAAGAAUUCGCUCCGCGCGCAAAAUUCCGCCUAAUGGAAAACCGGCUUAAGACAGGAUGAUUUUUGCGCUUCGUUGUGUUUUUCAUGCACUCGGGUGCAGUUACCCAACUGAGUUGGUCCCUCGACCCGGAUUAUCGCGUUGUUCGCUUCAUAGAGAUUAUAAAUAACACUGGAGGGGGCAUCGAGGGUGAAAUUUGGGAGCGCGGUAAUGGGGGCAAAUUGAAAUCCUGGAUGAACACCACACAAUUCUUGGGUUACACUUGAAACCAGAAAAAUUUAAAACAAGAGUCACAAAACUGGGUGUUUUAUAUGUUUUGCAUGUCAUUGCUACAAACGUUCCCCCCAAAUUUUGAAUUCAAACGAUUAAAUCCUCUUGAAAAGAUCAAAGUUGCUGACAUCAGCAUUAUUUUGCAGGGCUCUCAAAAAUGUGUUAUAGACAAAAUUGAGGUAAAAAUGCUUGGUAAAAAUCAAACGGGACUACGUAACUGUCAUAAACAAGAAUUUAAAGGUUUUGGCUCAAACUCGCUCAAGAGAUUAUUUUAGCAUUUUAAUGUUUUGCCCCCCAAUUAGCCAUUUUCCAAAGUCCUGAGUCUAGUCGCGCGAAUCCCUUUUUGGAGGGACAAGAAACAUGGCAGCACACAUUUAAAUUAAAAGUUUAAUGUAUAAAAAGGAGAUAUUUCAUUUUUGGUCGUGUAAAAAGUUGAUAUUUGAUAGUAGAUACUUCUAGUCUUUCACAGGUUUGACGCCUGUCUCCAUAUAUUUUGUCCCUCCAAACGAUCCCAGAAUACACUGUGAUCUCUUUUGGGAAAAGGCUAAUAGCCGCGUUCCCUUUCUUUGACUGACUUAAGAUUACGAUGCCCCCUCUAGUGUUAUUUAUAAUCUCCAUGGUUCGCUUGGGGUUAUGGUUUUUCCACGGGCUGGGGGAGUUUAGAUACAAACCUGCAUGUACAUACUGUUAUUGCACUAUUAUUAUAUGAUGGGAAAUGCGAACAAAUAUUUGAAGUGAUUUCCGUUAAAUAUUUGAAUGUGUUUAAUAUUCCUUUUCGUAUUGUACUCGCAGCUCUUAACUUAAUAUGACUGUCCGUUAAUUUCUAGUUUGUCUCUGCGUUGGCAUUUAAGUAGAAAAACAGGAGAGGUAUUACGAAUCGUGGACCGUGGCAAUACAAGUAUUAACAGCUUGUUGAGGUAUAUUAUUAUACAUUACCUAUCUUUUUCUUCAUGAAAAACCAUUAGAAAUUGAGUUUUACAAAUACUGUAAGUACUGUAAUGCAACAUUAUAAAGAAAACUCAACACUGUAGAUUAAUUGUACUUGAUUACAGUGCUGACCCGAAAUAACCUACGAAGCAAAGACGAAAAUCCGCAGCUUUUGUCGUAAAUGGUCUGAUAAACGCCAUGGGCGGUUAUUAAAUUUUCUUACUUUAAGGGAGGGGGCGUUAAAUAAAUAAAUAAAUAAAUAAAUAAAUAAGGGGGGGGGCAUUGGAAUAGGGCGUUUACUCUUACAUACUGUACGGUAGUUUUACGCUUCUUAAAACAACAUUUUUCAGCAGUUUGCAAUUGCACAUGCAAUAUGCAAUUUUGUUACAGCUCAUCACGUAUGUUUCAUCACUAAAAUUUAACCGACGUUUAAUUGGUUAUAAUAUAGCCCUAAUGGGGAUGGGGCGUUUAUUACUGUAUAUUAGGCGCGUUUAUUAGAUCAUUCACGGUAAGCAACUUUCACACCAUUGGGCUUCAUGGUUAUUGCUGACUUCCUGCUGUUUUUCUGGCUUCGCUUUAGACACAUGUUGAUAUGUUUUAACCUAUUCUGCAUCACCACUGAACGCCUAAAUCAAAGAAAUAAAUCUUAUAAUUAUAAACUCGGCAGAGAUGCUGCAAAUCAGUGCUAAAUUCCCCUCCUCCCAUUUUAUUUAACAACAUAUUGUGCCCAUAGUACAUUGAAUAUAGAUACGUUUGGUGUUAAUAGAUUGUAUCUCAUUUUUUCAGUUACUUACUGUUUAACAUCAUCCCUGUUAUUAUUGACAUAAUCAUCGCCAUAGUUUAUUUUAUUCUGGCAUUCAAUGGAUAUUUUGGGCUUAUUGUUUUUGUCACUAUGGGUCUUUACUUAGGUAAGUUCUUGGUAUCUGUUGUUUGUUUUUAUCAGAAGAAUGUGAGUUGCGGCCAUAUUGCUGUAACCUCAUUAGUUAUUCACCAGCAAAUUUAAGAUGAAAGAAAGGUCACUGAAGACCAAUUUCUAUAUCUAGACAACAAGUGUCCGUUCCCAACAACAACUAUAGAGACUAUUAAAAUAUCUUCUACAAUGUCAACAAUACCAUUGUAGGUUGUGGUUGUCACAGCAGUAUGGCAGCCAUUUACAAGGGGCUUCAGUGGCGAAGUGGUUAGCGCACUUGCCUUUCACCUCUAUUAAAGGCCGCAGGUUGAAGCCUCAAUGAGAACUUUCUCAAUGCGACUCGAACCCAGUCCUCAUGUGAAAAGAGUAAAAGUCAACGCUCUGCCGAAAGUCGUGGGUUUCCUGCGGGUACUCCAGUUUCUUCCCAGAGGGAAAGUUGACAGGGUGGGUUAGGUAAAAAGGGCCCACAGUAAUUGGCAUAUGCUGUUGUGGUGACCCUGCCCUAGUUGGCAAAGCUAAAUAAUUAAAUAAAUUUACUUAAUUUAUGCACAGUGUAUGCACUGUCCAAUACUGUUUUAGAUCAGUGAGAAGUACCGACAUUCGACCGAGAGAAUAAUUAAUGCAUUUGCUUUGUUUAAAGUCAAAAUUUUAGCCUUUGCUUGUGAAAAGACUUUUCACUAGCAAACUUUCACGAGUAUGGACUUUAUUCGGGUAAAUUGAGCAAUUUUUUUACAGAAAUGUGAUUUUAUUUGCCAGUCUCUGACGACCAAUGAACUGUUCAAACUAUCAAUUACGGUCAGCGGUUUUAAACGAUGGACAUGCGUGAAAUAGAUGCGCUAAUAUUGAUAAAUUUUGCUUGUGACUUUGCAGUUUUUGCUUGUAACAACGAAACCUAUAAUUAUACUAGCACAUUUUUUUGUUAGAAACGAAAACGUUUUAUCCUAAUUGUAACGUAUAUUUACCCUCCAACAAGGCAAUAGAUGAAAACUGUCAAUAUAUACAAUGCACAAUCUCUAAAACGCUAAGUUAUCUAUACAAAUGGAGACCUACAGGAAUUUUGUCGUUAAUUUGUUGGCAAAUAUAGCCUUUAAAACUUUUUGACUUAUAUUUAGAAUAUUGUGACUGAAAACAAUGCGCUGUCUAGCAUCUUGGGUUAGUUUUUAUCUCACGAUUAUCCGUAUCUUGUUCAAUUAUACUGUACAACUGAAUGUUAGAUGGGGUUUUAGUAAAUGGAAUUUUCCAAUGAAAAUUGAUGUACAAUUUUAGACCUAACCUAUCCGGAGCAGCUGCGAAAAAUGCAACCACUGGCAUCACCUUAUUAUGUAUACAAGAUUACAAGAAUUUGUGGUUGAUGCUCAACAACGGACAUCGAGCUUGACCCGUUUCAAAUUUUGUGUACGCUUUUGAGAAAUGAUUUCUUCUCAAUUUAAUGAUAUUCAGGUCUGUGUACGAAAGGAUGCAUUUUCAUAGAAUCGCAAUGAAACCAAAGUGGUACAUCUCUCCAAAGUGUAUACUAAAUUAGUAAAUAUUGAAAUGGGCAACGAUAAAAUUGCUUGCACAAGUCUGUGCACGGUGACUAAUUCAAUUUAAUUUACAAUGUUUUUAGCAAUGACCAUAUUGAUUACGGAAUGGCGUACCAAAUACAGGCGAGAGAUGAAUGUCAAAGACAACCUAACAAAGGCAAAAGCGGUCGAUUCAUUAUUGAAUUUUGAAACGGUAAUAUUUGUUGACUGGCGGUCAUUGAAUGCCACACUUUUAUAUAUGUUUAUUACUGUACCUCCACCAGAGGAUGUUUUCACCUCCGUUUGUGUGCGGAUCGUGUGUCUGUCUGUCUGUCUGUAAGCAUGAUAGCCUAACUCAAAAACUAUAAAAUUACAGUUUCAAAAAGCAAAAAUUUGCAUUGGAGCUAAUAUGGUACGAUCAAGGACCAAUCGGUCAAAUUCUGCGUUAAGUUGGGCGGAAAUUGGAUGAGAAAUAUACAAAUUAAACUGGAAACACACUGAGAAAUUAGCUACCAUACAUGCACGUAUAGUUGCUGUACAAAUGACAUUACCCUUGACGAGCAAAAUUGUCUGGCUUUUUAGACAUAGCAAAAUAAUAAUGUAGCGCGCAUUGGGGCACAAUGCGACUCAGUGGGUAACUUGGCACAUGAGCAGAUAGUCUGAUUAACCAGCCGAGUACAUGCAGCGCUCUCCCUUUGACGAGUAAAAUCGUCUGCCGUUGGGGCGCAAUGCCACGUAAUGGGUUAUGUACCAUUAGUAUUUAUAGCAUUUUCUUUUGAAUUAAGUAGAGUUUAAAAGCAUACAUGUAUUCAAAUAAUCUUUUUCAAUAGUGCGAAUAACCACUUGUACAAACCCUGACCGAUUGUUUUUUUAUACAACAUCAACCAAUAUUUUUCCUUGUGAUGUAGUCGGUACUGUACACUGCAAGACUUAUUAUAGUGUGGGAUUAAAAUCAAGGCUAAACUUAUAUUUACUGUUUAGGUAGAUAUUGUUUGUACGAUUUGAACUCUUACAACCACGACACGUUUUUUUACGUGAUGUGGGCAUGAGAAGUAAAACCACUGUACAGCUCUUGAUACUGAUGUACGUUUACAAUAUUAUAGAUCCUUCCUUUAAACUGAUAUAGUCUCAUACCAUAAUUUGUGUCCAUCUUUAUAGGUUAAAUAUUAUAACGCAGAGGAUUAUGAAGUUGGUCGUUAUAAUGAUGCCAUUGAAGGUUAUCAAGUAUGUUGUUCAUUUUGUAUCUCAUUUUCUUACCAACAGAUUUUCUGAUUGAUAGUGAUAUAAUCAUAGUCAUUCCUUAUAUAAUGUCACAAAGCAUGCAUGCAGCAUUAUACAAAGCGUGCAUGUUGUUGUUGUCGUUUGAAAUUGGAUAGGAUUGGUUUCAGCCAUUUUUGACUAGGUCUAUAAAUUAAAAUAUAUUGCUUAAAAUUUUAAACAUACAUUAUUUUUAUUGGCUUGGUAGAUUGAGCUAAAAAUAAAUGGUUGGUAUAAAAAUUAUAAAUACUACCACAAAGUGGCUUAUACAAAGCGUAGGUAUUUAUUGCUGGUUAUCUUUUUUAAAUUCGAUUGGUCUGAGCCAGGUUUUGAUUAAAAAAUAUAUUAGCUGAAUUUAUUGGCUGUUUAAUAUUUUAUAUAAAGUAUAAUUAAUAUAGUAAUUUAUAAUAUAGUCAUUCACCGUAUAUGAGCUCUUCUGCAAUCUGAUUGGUUGAAUUACUCGCCGUAUAUCAGCUCAUAUACGGCGAGUAGCGAAAAACAAGAUGGCGGUCGAAAAACUACAUGAGUUUUGCGAAGCAGGAAAAAGGAAAAUAUUCGCUUUGAGAAAGAUAAUAGUACAAGGAAAAACUCUCAAAAAAAAUUGACAGGUUAGCAAAAUGCAUUUAUUACAUAGAAAUUAGUUUAAAUACAAGUUUUUUAAAGAAUUAAUACCGAAACAACAGCGAAAAAAAAACAUGUUCAUUGAGAAGAUAAAUUGUUCAGAAAAGUUUGCAACGAAAGACAAAUGAAUUUGCAGUCAACAAGCACUUAUAUAUUAUACUACCAAACAUCUGUAUAAUAUAUCUGAGCUUUUCUGUGAGAUAUACCGGUUCUAAAACCAUUUCUUUCACUUCUUCGAGUUGUAAAACGAAAGUAUUUCAAAUUUUCAAGGUCAAGCGGUUUUUGGCCGAACAAAUUGUCAAGACAUUGUAUCAGAGGAUAAUUAAUUAUUACUUCAGUUAAUGGCUAUUAGACUAUAAUAUUAUUAUAAAACAAUUAUACCAUUCGCUCUCGUCGUAUAUGGCCGAUAGCCGACUCGGUGCUACGCACCUCGUCGGCUAUCAGCUCAUAUACGACUCGAGCUCAUGGUAUAAUUGUUAAAUAUAUAGUAUAAUAUAUAAUAUAGUAAUUCUGUAUAAUUAUAAUACAAAGGAAUAUAGACAUGAAGUACUUAUUAAAACAAGUUUAAAACAAUGAUUGGACGACAAGACAUGAUUGAGACAGACAAAAUGUGAAAGGACAUCGUUGCAAUUAUGCCAAUAAAAUAACCCAAUGGGCACUAAUUGUAAUGAGUUUAAAUUUUACUAACUAUUGUAAGGAGUUGAGUUUAAAUUUACACACUCACAGUCAUCGCCUUAAUGCUUUCACCUGUGAAAAAGCAUUUUCACGCUGAACUGAACUCCAUUUCCACAUAUGAAAUAAUAAUUUCACAUGUGAAAAUAGUUUUCAAAAUGAAAGAAUACUGUAUGACUCAUAAUUGCAUGGGCAUAAAAUUUCAUAUGUGAAAUUAUUAAGCCAAUCAUCGUAUCAGUUUCAACAACGAUUGGGUAAAUACCAACCUGAAAUGAACCCCCUUUUUGUGAUUGGCUUGCUUGAACAAAUGUGAUCAGUGUUUGUGACUCGUUCAAUUCUUUAGAAAAUUUAGUCUCAGAACCUGUUCAUAUAGGGGACUGUUUAUACUUUAUAACAAAUGGCCAGUAGGUGCCGUAUGCUAUAAGUAAUCAAUUAUUUUGGGCAUCUUGUUCGAUUGAAAUACUAAUUGUUGAUAUCUAAUUGUUGAUGGGUUUGUGGUAGAUGGAAUUUCGAGAGAAAGAUUUAUAUACAAUUCUCGGUCCUAACCUUGAGCAGCAGAAACAUACAACUCUACUGUAGGAGAGUAAACCAAAAAUUUUUAGAACCACUGAGUAUUUUAAUAAAAUACAAAACAAGUGAAACUCCAAAAUCGAUAACAUGUUAAAAAUGUUAUCGAUUUUUGGAGUUUCACUUGUUUUGUAUUCUACUGUAGGCCCUCUAGGAAUCGAAUCUGCGACUCGCAAUUUCGGUUCUGCGCUCUAACCAACUGAGCUAAUGAGUCCAAUUGACGAGCAAUCAACUACUAGUUAUUGUAUAUAUGGUAUGGUGAUGCCUGCAUAGGGUAUAUGGAGAAAUAUAUAUCAAGAUUUUAGGCAUCGUGCUAUUUUUUGGGCAUCGUGCUGUUUUGCACUAUAUGUGUUGAUGAGUUUUUGGUAGAUGGAAUUUCGAGCAAAAACCCAUCAACAACUAAAUCAUAAAAUAGGCUACCUGUAACAGUGGCCAGGUAUAUGAACUAAUUUUAUUAUGGUUAUACUUUUUAGGACAGCGAAUGGCAGUCUUUAGCUAGCCUUAAUCUUCUCAAUGUGGCACAGAAUUUCAUUGUUACAAUUGGACUCUUAACAGGAACAAUUUAUUGUGGUCAGUUGGUCAUUGAUGGAACUCUCAAGGUAAAGAAUGUAUGACACUCUCUCUCGGCCAUCUCUAAACCAUUAAACAGUUUUGAGACAUACAGUAUACGCAGA